CCCCGCCUCCUGCCCGAUGAUAGCUGGGAUAGGCUCCAGCGCGCCCGCGACCCGCGUGAGGAGAAGCACCUCAGAAAAUGGAUGAAUGGAUGGAUGGAUGGGAGGAAAGCGGAGUGCCCGGAGGAAACCCGCCCAGGCACGGGGAGAACAUGCAAACUCCACACAGGCCAGGCCAGGAUUUGUACCCGCAACCUCAGAACUGUGAGGCGGAUGUGCUAACCGGUCGGGCACCGGCGCAUCUUCAUCAUUUGAUUCAUAAAUACCAAUGACGAUACCAACCAAAAUGAGCUAUGGCCACGUCAGUCACGAUGGUGGGGCUUUGUUGUCUUUGUGCUGUGCUCAACCUGUUUGGUUUUGAUCACAAAAUGACCACAAGAUAUCCAGCGGGCAGCAUGAGCUCCAAAGGCGGCGGCGGCGGCGGCACCGCCUUGAGCCGCCGCAACUACGGACUGGCUUCAGAUACAGACAAACCCAAAUCCACCGGCAUCGUGAAUGAGAAGCUGCUCGGCGACUAUUUGCAUCACGUGUUUCCUUCUGCCAAUCAGACGCCUGCUCCCGCCUACCUCAGGAAGCCUUUGACGUUCCAGGAUCUCGACGCUCACCUGCAAACUCUGUUGUCCGAAGGAGAACCCGCUGACGAUGGCCCAGACCACGAGGUCGAAGGUCGUCUGGGUCCUCAGUCGGUGGUCCUGGACCAUACCAGCGGCUUCGAGGGGCUUCUGUUCGUGGACGACGACCUGCUGGGGGUGAUCGGCCACAGCAACUUCAGCUCCAUCCGAGCCACCACUUGCGUGUACAAAGGCAAGUGGGCGUACGAGGUGCUGAUUUCGUCGCAGGGUCUGAUGCAGAUCGGCUGGUGCACGCUCAACUGCCGCUUUAACCAGGAGGAGGGCGUCGGCGACACGCCCGAUUCUUACGCCUACGAUGGAAACAGAGUGCGCAAAUGGAACGUGGUAACCACCAACUACGGCAAGUCGUGGGCGGCGGGCGACAUCGUCAGCUGUCUGAUCGACCUGGACGACGCCACCAUCGCCUUCUGUCUUAACGGGCAGUCGCUGGGUACGGCGUUCAGCGACAUCAAGACGGGUCCAGGCGUGGCCUACUUCCCCGCCAUCAGCCUGUCCUUCAAGGAGUCGGUGGCCUUCAACUUCGGGAGCCGACCGCUCAGGUAUCCGGCCGAGGGCUACCUGCCCCUUCAGGACCCCCCCACCGCCGACCUCCUCAAGGCUCACAAGCUGCUGGGCUUCAUCAAGAACGUCCUGUCCACACGCAUACACGUGCAGGAGCAGCGCGUGGUGGAGACGGAUUGUUCGGUGUGGAGGCUUCACGGCGAAGCGAGCGUCCUCAUCACGCUGGCGCACAUCUUCAACCACUUUGCUCCUCUCAUGUGCAAAGUGUACCUGGUGGAAGACGUGCUGAUGAACUUCCUGUUGGGGAUCCUGGAGGGCGGCGGUUCGGUGGACGAGCAUCCUCUCAUCCAGCAGCUGCUUGACCUCUUCUGGCUCCUCAUGGAGGACUAUGAGGUGAACGAGUGUCUGAAGCAGCUGAUGAUGUCACUGCUGAGGGCGUACCGCUUCUCACCCAUCAUCCCCGACCUCGGAUUCCAGAUCCACUACCUGCGUCUGACGACAGCCAUCCUGCGUCACGAGAAGUCCAGGAAGUACCUGCUCAGCAACGUCACGUUUGACGUGUUGCGUUCGGUGGUCUUCUUCUUCAUCAAGACUCCGCUGCGCGUGAAGGAGGCGGGGCUGGAGGAGCUCAUCCCCACCACCUGGUGGCCCACGCACUUCGACAAGGAGGGAAAAGACGAGCGCGAGCCCAAGGACGAGAGCUCGGACGAGCGUCUGCGGCGGCGAGCUUACGAACGAGGAUGUCAAAGGCUGAAAAAAAGAAUCGAAGUGGUGGAAGAGCUGCAAGUGCAGAUCCUCCGGCUGCUGCUCAACAACAAAGACAAGAGUACAGGUGAAGCCUCCCGCUACAUUUUCCUCAACAAGUUCCGCAAGUUCCUCCAAGAGAACGCCAGCAACAGAGGGCAUCCGACGGCCCUGUGCCCGCCCGAGUACAUGCUGUGCUUCCUGCACCGGCUGAUCACGGCCGUGCGCGCCUGCUGGGACGAAAGCGGCAAGAAGAGUCCGGGCGGCGUCAGCAGUGACGCGGCGUACGUGCCGCCGCAGCUCUUCUACAACGGCAAGGUGGACUACUUCGACCUGCAGAGGCUGGGCGGCCUGCUGUCUCACCUCAAGAAGACGCUCAAAGACGACCUGGCGAGUAAAGCCAACAUCAUCAUCGACCCCGCCGAGAUCCAGGCGGCGUCCAUGGACGACCUGGACGAGGACGAGGAGAGCGGCGCCGCGCAGAGGCCCGCGGGGGCGUCUGCGUCGACGGGCGGCGCCCCGGCUCGGCCCGGCUGGCUGAGCUCGCCCACCCUGGGGCGGGCCAACCGCUUUCUCAGCACCGCCGCCGUCAGCCUCAUGACCCCCAGACGACCCCUCGGCCAGCCCGAGAAGGUCAAAGUGCGCGCCCUUGCGGUGGAGCAGCGCACCGAGGACGACAUCGAGGGUAGCCAUGGCAACGACGGCCUGUUGCUGGGGCGACCCGCCGAGGAGUCUGAUCAGCCCGUGGCCGACAAAUCGCUUCUGGAGAUCACCGACGGGAUCGUCAUGAUGUACAACCUCAGCGUGCAUCAGCAGCUGGGAAAGAUGGUGGCGGUGGCCGACGACGUUCACGAGUACGCGGCGGCGCUCAAAGACACGGACGAGAAGAUGGCGCGAUGUCCGGCGAGGAGGGCGGACAUCUUGGAGGAGCUCCACAAGAGUCGGAAGGUUUUCGCCGAGAAGUUGAACCACCUGAGCAGGAGGCUGGCCUGGAUUAACGCCACCAUAUACUCCAAGGAGAAGAUGUUGGACGUGUACUGGCUGCUGCGCGUGUGCGUGCGCACCAUCGAGCACGCCGACCGUACGGGCUCGCUGUUCGCCUUCACGCCCGAGUUUUACCUCAACGUGGCCAUGUACGCCUACAACGCGCUCAAGAACUACUUCAGUCUGACCAGCAGCAUGGACCAGCUGCCAGGCUACGAGGACACUUUGACACAGCUGGCGGGCAUUCUCGCCAAACACUUUGCGGAUCCACGCAUCGUUGGGACAGAUAUCAAAGAUGCGCUGAUGCAGGCGCUGGCCAGCUACGUCUGCUACCCACAAUCCCUCAUGGCGGUCGAGAGGAUCCCCGAGGACCAACGCGUGGCCAUGAUGAGGAACCUGCUGGCGCCCUACGAGCAGAGACCUUGGGCGCAGACCAACUGGAUCCUGGUCCGGCUGUGGCGGGGCUGCGGUUUUGGCUACAGGUACACGCGCCUGCCUCACCUCCUGAAGACCAAACCCGAGGACGCCAGCCUGCCCAGCCUCCAGAAGCCGUGCCCGUCGCUACUGCUGCAGAGGCACAUGGCCCGCCUGCUGAGCGUGGAUAAAGACAUGGCCGCCGCCUUCCUCAACAGCGUCCUCAACCAGCUCAACUGGGCCUUCUCCGAGUUCAUCGGCAUGAUUCAGGAGAUCCAACAGGCGGCAGAGCGUCCUGAGAGGAACUUUGUGGACACGCGUCAGCUGAAGGUGUGCGCCACCUGUUUCGACUUGUCGGUCAGCUUGCUGAGGGUUCUGGAGAUGACGGUCACGCUGGUUCCUGAGAUCUUUCUGGACUGGUCUCGCCCAUCCGCCGAGCUGCUGCUGCGGCGCCUGGCUCAGUUGCUGAAUCAGGUGUUAAACCGGGUGACGGCCGAGAAGAACCUCUUCGACCGCGUCGUCAACUUGCGACUGCCAGGUCUGGAGAGCGUGGACCACUAUCCCAUCCUGGUGGCCGUCACCGGCAUCCUCGUUCGAGUCCUCGUGGAUGGCGACCGGCAGGGGACGUGCCGCGCGGCGUGCGUGCUGCUGUCGGACCCGUGCUUCCAGCUUCACUCCAUCCAGCACCUUCUCAGCGAGCCGGGGGGGCCGCUCGCCUCUUCCUCGUCCGCCGCCGCUCGUUCGGCGGCGGGCGCCCUGGCGUCCUCCGUGGCUCCGCCCCCGCCCGCCGGCCCGUCGGAGCGCAAGCAUUUCUCGCUGAACGCGUACAGCGACUACAUCAGCGUGGAGGAGAAGAUGAAGGUGGAGCGCAUGUUGGUCUUCCUCACCAGGGAAUCGCAGCAGGCCGCGACCAGCGCGCAGCCGACGAGCGAGGACGACCUUUGCCCUAUCUGCUAUGCGCACUCCAUCUCGGCCGUCUUUAAACCCUGUUCGCACAAGUCCUGCAAAGCUUGCAUCAAUCAGCACCUGAUGAACAACAAGGAUUGUUUCUUCUGCAAGGCCACCAUAACGGGGGUGGACGACUACUGCAAGCCCCCCGCCUCCUCCUAACACACGCGCUUGAGGGCUCCUCUCAGUCCGAGGAAGGACGGAAGAGUCGCUUCGACGCGUUUACUCACACGCGUCGUGCGUCAGUAAUAGUUGUGCUGUGGCGUGCGUGAGUGCAUGGUACGUACAUUGCAAGUGGUUUGGAUUUCUUCUUGUUGAUGGAGCCAUUGUUACUUUUCUCUUUUGUGCGCACGUGUGUCCUGUUAUGGAAUUAAAUUAUUCAUCACAAAGAGAGAUUUUUUUCUUGACAUUACCAUGAAAACACGCCAAAGGACGUACCCCGUCCCCCCCGCACAUACACGCACACAAAGGAAGAGGAAAUGUGGACGGUUCUCACGAGUGGCUUUCUCCUCAUCAUCAUGUCAACCAACUCCCGAGAUUUCCCCGUCGUAGUCCCAACAUUCAGUUCUCGGCUCUGCGCUUUCCUCUUCUCUUUCUGCCGAAGAACCCGCUUUCCACAUCUCCUUCGUCUUCGACCCACAGUAGCCGAAUU